AUUGGCCAAGUAUACAAAAGUAUUCUUUCCUUUAUUUCCUUCAUAUAGUCUUAAAUAUUGAUAAGUUUAUCAAUUAAAAGGAUAUUAGAUUACUAAACAUCAUGUGGUACUUAAGAAAAAUGUAUUUUUUAUGUUUCCUUUUAGUAUGGACAGUUGUUAUAGUAACAGGUCAUUCGCAUUCGCACUCACAUUCGAGUGGGAACGAACCUCCGGCGUACAAAUACUCGGCAAGUGCUAACCAAAAAAAUGUGAAUCAAGAUAAAGCUCCGGAAAUCGACUAUGAUUUAUAUGUAAGAGCAUUAGGUUCAACUAUUUUUAUAAGUAUAGUUCCAUUUUUUAUUUUAUUCUUUAUUCCAAUUGACGGAAGUGUUGAGAAACAGCCACUGCUAAAGAUACUGCUGUCCUUUGCCUCUGGUGGACUUCUUGGCGAUGCGUUUCUGCAUUUGAUUCCACAUGCUCUUACAUCACAUGAUGAUGGACAUUCUCAUGGACAUGGCCAUAGUCACGGUCACCAUGAAGAGGGCCAACAUGAACCUCAUGACAUGACAGUUGGUCUUGGAGUACUCGGUGGUAUAAUAACAUUCCUUGUUGUUGAAAAAACAGUGCGUUUGUUCAGUGGAGGCCAUGGACAUUCACAUAGCACAGACAAGAAAAAAGAUGACAACAAAUCAAAGAAGUCAAAUAAAUCUAAGAAGGAAGAAAUCAAAGUUGCAGGAUACCUUAACCUAGCUGCUGAUUUUACCCACAAUUUUACAGAUGGAUUGGCAAUUGGAGCUUCCUUUAUAGCUGGACAAAGCAUAGGAUACAUUACAACCAUAACUAUAUUGUUACAUGAAAUUCCACAUGAGAUUGGGGACUUUGCGAUUCUUGUACAAUCUGGUUGCUCUCGAAGAAAAGCUAUGUUGUUACAAUUGUUAACAGCCUUUGGAGCUAUAUCUGGUACAGUGAUAUCUAUCUAUCUUCAGGGCUCCAGUGAUGGUCUGGUUUCAUCACUUAUUUUACCAUUCACUGCUGGAGGAUUUAUUUAUAUUGCAACAGUAUCGGUUAUACCAGAAUUGUUGGAAGGUUCAAAUAACAAGUUUUCACAAUCAGUAAAAGAGAUAAUGGCUCUCCUUGCAGGUGUAUACAUGAUGGUUUUAAUAGCCCAGUAUGAAUAGCUGAAUGUGUAAAUACAAUUAUUUUUUUUGUGUAAAUCAAACAAAUGCUUACAUAAAUCAUCACAAAAUUUC